ACAGGCAACGCCAUCGAAGCCCUUGUGCCCAAACACAAACCCUCCGCUACUUCACCUUAUUCGACAAACGUCCCCCCACAGUUUCAAUUCUCCAUCUCCUUCUCUUUUCUUCUCUCUGUGUGGAUUCGCUUAGGCCUCGAUCCAAAUGGCAAUGGCUGGGAGAAUCAGAUCAAGCGUCCCUCGCUUUACCAAGGCUCUGAUGUCAGAUUCUGUAUCAGCUCAGAGAUUGAAUGUCGAACGAGCUUUGAUCUGCCCUAAUUUCACCGAUCCCCAGCAAUCAAGGAACUUUGCCUCUGCUUCUCCAACAAAGGAACCAAAGAUUAAGGUUCCAGUGGCGAUGUUUGGGGGGUCUGGAAACUACGCGUCUGCAUUAUAUAUUGCAGCUGCAAAAGCCAAAACAUUGGAAAAGGUUGAAGCAGAGCUUCUUGAUCUUGUUGCUGCUUCUCAGAAAUCUCCAACUUUUUCACAGUUCAUGAAGGAUUUGGCAGUGCCAGCAGAUACCCGAGUCAAGGCUAUGACUCAGAUCUGUGAUCAAGCUAAAUUUUCAGAAAUCACAAAGAACUUUUUAGUUGUUCUGGCUGAUAACGGGAGGCUCCGCCAUGUGGACACCAUUGCAAAGAGAUUUUCAGACUUGACCAUGGCACACAGAGGAGAAGUCAAAGCCAUUGUUACCACUGUCAUUCCACUUCCUGCUGAAGAGGAGAAAGAACUGAAAGACACUUUACAGGAGAUUCUUGGGAAAGGAAAGAAGGUUAAGCUUGAACAGAAGAUUGAUCCAAGUAUUCUUGGUGGGCUUGUGGUGGAAUUUGGUCAGAAGGUGUUUGACAUGUCCAUAAAGACACGUGCCAAACAAAUGGAGAGGUUCUUGCGAGACCCCAUCAACUUUGAUGCCUAAACAACUUAUCUUUUUGAAAUUACCAUCUUGCCCUAAUGACAGCUUUUGUUUUUCAUUUCAUUCCCCAUGUUUUUUUUUUGCAAAUAAGAAAAACCGUUGAGGUAUUGUUAAUGUAUACAUGAUUAAAUACUGGGGGAUAUUUUUCAUGAUAAAGAUGAUGGUAUGCAUAUCUUCUGUGCAAAGGAGAGAAUGAAAGCGAGUUUAUGUUC